ACUGCCAAGAGCUGAAGGAGAGUGGUGAGCAAAGGAAUGAAGGGGAGAGAGAGAAACUAAGCUGGAAGCUUGAGUUUUGUGUUGCCUCUUGAAACCUUAUGAAUGGAUUACCAGCAGCUGGGAGCCAGGAGAGACCUAUAGGGGAUGCGAGCUGCCUUACACUCUAACAGGGGGAGAAGCAGGCGGAAUCCUUCUUCCCUGAUGGGUUACCCUCCUUCCUGAAAUGAAUGGGAUCCACAAGGCUCCCAGAAGGUGAAGUCAAGGGCUCUCAGACUCAUUUGGUUAAGAGAACAGCAGACUGUCAACCCAGAGAAGAACUUUACGGAGACUUACCACAUACCAACAAGUUGGAAGGGGAUAAAAAAAUACUUUCGGCCAUCAACAACCCUGAGCACCAAGUGAGGGUAGUAUCCUAUCCUGUGCUGGCAGACUGGCAGCUGAAUGGGGACCUGGCUGAGGACAUCUACAGAUGGAAAGUUAAGUACCAGCUUGCUCCCAGAUUCUUUUUGCAUUUUUAGAUGAUAGCCAUCAAAUUGUGUGUCUGUGUAUAAAUUUGUUUAUAGCAAUUCUAGCAAUUUGUUUUAAGGUGAGCAUUAUUUUGGGUGAAGGAGUACAUAAAAGAAGGCAACCCCAAGGGAAGGAAGAAGAGAAGGAAAUGAAAAUGGGAAAAUACUGUGUUUUUGAAUGACUUGGGGGCAGCCAGGGGUAUAUAUAGGUGAGUGUGCUAUUUGAGAGACUUUGGUUUAUGCUCUACUUUCUAGUAUCAGUGUGGGAAGGGAUUAUUGAAGAAGGAGCAAAAAGAAAAAGGAAAGAAACCUGAGCUCUCUGGAAGGAAAGUCCAAGGAACCAAGAGCAAUUAGCUUCAUUCUGCAAGGACUAAACUAGAGCUGCAUGAGGGAAGCACCUGCCGCGCAGCAGUGGGGAAGUGACUGGCAGAGCCACCAGAGCAGCAGGUCCUCAGGAGAGGCUCUCCACUGGGGCAGCUUGACAAAGUUUGGUUUGUGAGCAGAACAGUUCCCCAGUGACUGCACAUUCAUUGCAGGCUGUCUCUUCUUUUUCUCCCCAUCAUCCCAGUGUGGUACCCAGAAGUUGACUUCCGGCUCUGUGGGAGAGCUGAGGGAGGGAUGAUGUGUUUGAAGAUCCUGAGGAUAAGCCUGGUGAUCCUGGCUGGGUGGGCAUUCGGUACUGCCAACUCCGAGCUGGGCUGGACACGCGGGAAAUCCCUGGCUCAGAGGGGACACCUGAAUCAGGUGCUGUUGGAAGGGGAGCGCUGUUGGCUGGGGGCCAAGGCUCAGAGACCCAGAGCUGUUCCCCAGCAUCACCUCUUUGGGGUGUACCCCAGCAGUCCUGGGAACUACCUGAAGUCCUACCCUGUGAGGGAUCAGGGAACCUAUCCUUCAGGACGCACUAAACCGGACUCCAUGAGAAAGGCUGUUUUCCAAGACCUGACUGAAAACACAGUGGGAGUGGGGGGGAAGCCGAGUGAGCAUCCAGUAGCCCUGUGGGUAGGGGACAGUCCUAUUGGGCAAUCAGAGCCUCCGGGAGAUGAUGACACUUAUCUUGGCAAACAAGGACUCAAGGAGUCUCUAGGUGAGGCCGCAGCUCGGGGAAGCUGGACAGUGGCUGCCACCAUUCCCACCACCUCUCCAUACCUGAAGGAUCCUGAAGCGGAGAGCCAGGGAAAGGGCUGGGCCAAGUCCAGGCAUCCUCGCCGAGUGGUGAAGAGGCAGGCAGAGGACAUGUCUGGAGACCCUGGUAUCUCUCCUCCGCAUUUCCAACCUUGGCCUAAGCACCCCCUUAGGCACAGGGUUAGAAACGUGUUGAAGGACAGCAUACAAGAUGGUGGAGGAAGCCCUGACUGGGAAGCAGAGACCUUUAACCCCCAAGGAGGACUGUCUAUCUUGUACUUCUCGGGGAGGCGGGAGCGGCUGCUGCUGCGUCCAGAAGUGCUGGCUGAGAUUCCCCGGGAGGCGUUCACAGUGGAAGCCUGGGUGAGACCAGAGGGAGGACAGAACAACCCGGCCAUCAUCGCAGGCGUGUUUGAUAACUGCACCCACACAGUCAAUGAUAAGGGAUGGGCCCUGGGGAUCCGCACAGGGAAGGACAAGGGAAGGCAAGACGCUCGCUUCUUCUUCUCCCUCCGCACUGAUCGUGUGAAGAAAGCCACCAUCGUGACUGGCCACAGCCGCUACCAACCAGGUACAUGGACACAUGUGGCAGCCACUUACGACGGACAGCGCAUGGCCCUGUAUGUGGAUGGCACCCGGGUGGCUAGUAGUCUAGACCAGUCUGGACCCCUGAACAGCCCCUUCAUAGCUUCUUGCCGCUCCCUGCUCCUGGGGGGAGACAGCUCUGAUGACGGGCACUAUUUCCGUGGACACCUGGGCACUCUGGUCUUCUGGGCAACUGCCCUGGCACAAAGUCGCCUUCAACACAGUCCACAGCAUCCCAGUGGGGUGGAGGAGUUGACCACCCUAAUCCUGACGGCCAGUUUUGAUCCUCUGAAGGAACAGUGGGUCCCCUUUAGGGAUGAGAAAUAUCCCCGCCUGGAGGUUCUCCAGGGCCACCAGCCAGAGCCUGAGCUCAUGUCACCGUUGCAGCCCCCACUCUGUGGGCAAACUGUGUGUGACAAUGUGGAACUGAUCUCCCAGUACAACAGACACUGGCCCCUUCGGGGAGAGAAGGUGAUCCGCUAUCAGGUGGUGAACAUCUGUGAUGAUGAAGGUGGGCAUCCCAUUGUGAGCGAGGAGCAGAUCCGCAGGCAGCACGAGGCGCUGACUGAGGCCUUCAGUCGCUACAACAUCAGCUGGCAGCUGAGCAUCCACCAGGUCCACAACUCCACCCUGCGCCACCGGGCUGUGCUUGUGAACUGUGAGCCCAGCAAGAUUGGCAACGACCAUUGUGACCCUGAGUGUGAGCACCCGCUCACCGGCUAUGAUGGAGGUGACUGCCGCCUACAGGGCCGCUGCUAUUCCUGGAACCGCAGGGACGGGCUCUGUCACGUGGAAUGCAACAACAUGCUGAACGACUUUGAUGAUGGGGACUGCUGUGACCCCGAGGUGACUGAUGUACGCAAGACCUGCUUCGACCCCGACUCACCCCACAGGGCAUACAUGAGUGUGAAGGAGCUGAAGGAGGCCCUGCAGCUCAACAGUACUCACUUCCUCAAUGUCUACUUUGCCAGCUCAGUGCGGGAAGACCUGGCAGGUGCUGCCACCUGGCCUUGGGACAAGGAAGCUGUCAGUCACCUGGGUGGUGUUGUCCUCAAUCCUGCCUACUAUGGCAUGCCUGGCCAUACCAACAUCAUGAUCCAUGAAGUGGGGCAUGUUCUGGGACUCUACCAUGUUUUCAAAGGGGUCAGUGAAAGAGAAUCCUGCGAUGACCCCUGCAGGGAGACGGUGCCGUCCAUGGAAACCGGAGACCUCUGUGCCGACACCGCCCCCACUCCCAAGAGCAAGCUAUGCCAGGACCCUGAGCCUGCCAAUGACACUUGUGGCUUCAGCCACUUCCCAGGGGCUCCAUUCAGCAACUACAUGAGCUACACAGAUGAUGACUGCACUGACAGCUUCACCCCUAAUCAAGUGGCCCGAAUGCACUGCUAUUUGGACCUUGUUUAUCAGCAGUGGAGUGAAAGCAGAAAUCCCACCCCCAUUCCCAUCCCACCCAUGGUCAUUGGGCAGACCCACAAGUCCCUCACUAUCCACUGGCUGCCUCCCAUUAGUGGAGUUGUAUAUGACAGGGCCCCAGGCAGCGUGUGUGGUGCCUGCACAGAAGAUGGGAUGUUCCGUCAGUACGUGCACAGGGCUUCCUCUCGGCGAGUGUGUGAUUCCUCUGGCUACUGGACCCCAGAGGAGGCUGUGGGGCCUCCUGAUGUCGAUCAGCCCUGUGAGCCGAGCUUGCAGGCCUGGAGUCCUGAGCUCCACCUGUACCAUAUGAACAUGACGGUGCCCUGCCCUGCAGAAGGCUGUAGCCUGGAGCUGCUCUUCCAACACCCAGUGCAAGCCGACACCCUCACCCUCUGGGUCACUUACCUCUCCAUGGACUCUUCCCAGGCACUCUUUGAUACAGAGAUCUUGCUGGAACACCAGGAGUCUGUACAUCUGGGUCCCUUAGACACUUUCUGUGAUACCCCACUCACCAUCAAACUGCACGUGGCUGGGAAGGUCUCAGGGGUGAAAGUCUACACCUUUGAUGAGCGAAUGGAGAUUGACGCGGCCCUCCUGACUUCCCAGCCCCAUAGCCCCUUAUGCUCUGGCUGCAGGCCUGUGAGGUACCAGGUUCUCCGGGAGCCACCCUUUGCCAGCGGCUUGCCCAUGGUGGUGACACACCCUCGCAGGAAGUUUACAGACACGGAGGUUAUACCUGGGCAGAUGUAUCAGUACCAAGUUCAAGCUGAGGCUGGAUCAGAAUUGGGAGAAGCUUCACCUCCUCUGUACCACAUCCACGGUGCUCCUUACUGUGGAGAUGGGAAGGUGGCAGGGAGCCUGGGAGAGGAGUGUGACGAUGGAGACCUGCUGAAUGGAGAUGGCUGUUCAAGGACAUGUGAACUAGAGAAAGGCUUCAACUGUGUUGGGGAACCAAGCCUUUGCUACACGUAUGAGGGAGAUGGGAUUUGUGAGCCUUUUGAGAAGGAAACCGGCAUCAGGGACUGCGGCCUCCAUACUCCUGAAGGAUACUUGGACCAGUGGGCCACCCAGGCUUUCUCUUCUCGUGAGGACAAGAAGAAGUGUCCUGUCUCCCUGGUAACAGGAGAGCCUCAUUCCAUGAUUUGCACAUCACACCAUCCAGAUUUACCCAAGCAACAUUCCCUUCCUGGCUGGUUUCCCUGUGUUACCAAUGGAAAAAGACCUCAGGAUGAAGGGAGUGAGCAGCCAGAAGGUAUCCUGGAGAAGGAAGAUGAGGUUUGGCUUAAAGUCUGUUUCAAUAGACCAGGAGUUGCCGCGGCAAUUUUCAUUUUCUUGACGUCUGAUGGCCUGGCCCCUGGGGAGCAUCAGCGGCCAACAGUGACCCUCUACCUGACUGAUGUCAGUGGAAGCAACCACUUUCUUGGAACCUAUGAACUGUUGUGCCAGCAUAACCCACUGGUUGUCAAUGUGAGCCAUCACACAAAUGUACUCUCCCACCAUACCACGUCCAUGCUGCUGAACUUCUCAUCCCCACUGGUGGGCAUCUCCGCAGUGGCUCUAAGGACAUCCUCCCACAUCAGUCCUUCAGUUCCUGAUAACUGCAUGGCAGAGCAUGAGGGGCAGAAUCAGGGACAGAGCUGCGUCCGUCGGCCCUGUGGGGAGCAGGGCAGCUGUGCACCAUUACUGCUUGAUCACGUGGAUAUGGUGAACUGUACCUCUAGCGGCCCAGGUCACAUGAAGUGUGCUAUCACCUGUCAAAGGGAGUUUGCCCUUCAGACCAGCAGCGGGCAGUACCUCAGGCCCAUUCAGAAGGAGAUUCUGCUCACAUGUUCCUCUGGGCACUGGAGCCAGGAUGUGAGCUGUGCACCCCUCGACUGUGGCACUCCUGACUCAUCUUUGGUGAACUAUGCCACCUUCUCCUGCCCGGAGGGCACCUAUUUCCUGAGACGCUGCUCCAUCUCUUGUGUCCCACCAGCCAAGCUCCAAGGACCCAGCCCAUGGCUGACCUGCCUUGAAGAUGGACUCUGGUCUCUCCCCGAAGUCCACUGCAAGCUGGAAUGUGAGGCUCCCCCUGUUAUUCCCAAUGCCAACCUGCUGCUGCCUCACUGCCUCCAGGGCAGCCACGACGUGGGCAGCAUCUGCAGAUACGAGUGCAAACCCGGCUACUACGUGGAAGGGGGUGUGGAGAGGAAAACCAGGAACAAGUUCCUGAAGAUACAGUGCCUGGAAAGUGGACUUUGGGAGCAAGCCAGCUGUACCCCGGUAGUGUGUGAGCCUCCUGCUCCUGUUUUUGAAGGCAUGUACGAAUGCAGUGAUGGCUUCAACCUGGACAGCCAGUGUGUGCUCAACUGUAACCAGGAAAGUGCGAAGCUCCCCAUCCUCUGUACCAAAGAGGGACUGUGGACCCAGGAGUUCAAGUUGUGUGAGAACCUGCAAGGGGAAUGCCCACCACCCCCCUCAGAGCUGAAUUUCGUGGAGUACAAGUGUGAAAAGGGAUACGGGAUUGGUGCAGUUUGCACCCCGUCAUGCGUAAUCCCCCCCAGCGAUCCUGUGACGCUGCCGGAGAACAUCACUGCUGACACUCUGGAGUACUGGAUGGAGCCUGUCAGAGUCCAGAGCAUCGUGUGUACUGGCCGCCGUCAAUGGCACCCAGACCCCUUGCUGGUCCACUGCAUCCAGUCCUGUGAGCCUUUUCAAGCAGAUGGUUGGUGUGACACGAUCAACAACCGGGCCUACUGCCACUAUGAUGGAGGAGACUGCUGCUCUUCUACACUCUCCUCCAAGAAGGUCAUUCCAUUUGCUGCUGACUGUGACCAGGAUGAGUGCACCUGCCGAGACCCCAAGGCAGAAGAAAAUCAGUAACUGUGGGACCUGGACUGAGCCCAUCCCUCCUCUGCCCUGGAGGCAGGCAGAGUGAGAGGCCUCCACAGGAGGAAACACAGGGCAGGUGAAGGAGAAAGGUCACCAAGUGGAGGAAGAGAGCGUGUGGACCAUCUGUUGAGAAACACGAGAGGAUAUCUAUAGGUGUCAACUAACAUAUCAACUAGUCCAAGUAGGGAAGAAUUAUAGGCAAAAGUUUCUUUAAAUUGGCAGUUGAUUAAAAGAGGAAGGAGAAAUCAGAUAGAUAAACAAGGACCCUCCUCCCCAUCAAUAUUCUAGUCCACCCACCUUAGCUCCUGCCUGACUCCCCACUCUGCACCCCACUGACUGCUCAGCCCCACCAAACGUGUAAUCCAUUAUCAGAAUGCUAGAAGGAAACUUGCCAGGGACACUCUGUCAAUGCCCAUUUCAAAUGGAUUGUCACCUUUCAGGGCUUGUCUGCUCUAAACUGGCCUUUCCCUUCCUUUUGUGUAGUCUCUCUUAAAUAAUGAGGUUAGUUAAUAAUUCUUUAUAAGUAUUUAAACAUAAUUAUAUAAAUAUAUUAUAUAUUAUAUUUUUUUGCUGUUUACUAAGCUGAAAAUUACCCAUUGUUCCACACAUGCUGCUGUGAAGUUCAUGUCCAAAAUGAAUGCUGAGGCUUUGAGGACAGACACACAAGUUCUUCUGCCAUAUUUCUAUGUGUAGGGAUUGGCAGGUUAAAUGGGAAGUGGAGGAGAGGGAGAUCAGAUAGGAUUCUGUAUGCUAGCGUGCCAGCUAAUCAUCUUUUUAUGCCCUGGGAGCUGGGCCCACUUAAAGGGGAUGGGAGUUGGAAUGAUAGCACUAAACGGCAUGGGAAGUUGGGCGUGACACCCACUGGGGGUGGGUCCAGGGGAACAAGGCAGUGGUUCUUAAGCACCUAUCAAAAAAGAAUGUAGUGUUUCCUCCCCAAUUCUCAGAACUGUCAACUGGAUUUUCUGCACUUUCAUAUGUGCCUAUUCCAAUGUGGCCAUCUACCAGCUGGUCAGCAAGUUUGUGUUCAGGCUCAUCCUCUGAGCACCAGGAUCACAGAAACUCACACGCUUUGUACUUGGCCUCUUUGUUAGAAUUCCCCAAGCCUGUUCAUCAUGCACACCCACAUCACUAGCUGUUGAUCUUGCAGGGGAAAACGUUUUAAAAAUGACCCAGGAGAAGGAUGGGAAGAGAUGGAAGAACAGGUGGGGAUGAAGGAGCCAAAGGAGGCCAUGGAGAGGUGAGGGGUCAGGUUAAAUCAGGGCCAAGAGUGACAGGAUGGAACAAGUCAAGGAAAUUUGGUCCUUGUUCCAAGACUCCAAAGUUCACAGUGGAUCCUUUGAGCAUUGCGGGGUCUGCAAUGAAUUUUAUUCAAGUGGGUGCAUAAAACCUGUGACCAGAGAUUUCAAUUGGGCAAGCCAUGGAAACAACAUGGAGCAAGGCUGACACUCUGUGGGAGAAAGAAGAAUUUCAACUAUUUAGGGUCCAUUUUGUUGUCUUUCUCCUUUCCUGGUGGAUAGAUGGAUAGCACAUGGAGUGAUUGCAUUGGCCCUGCCUUUCUUUGCAUCCUGGACUCUUUUAUUUUUGCACAUGGCCUGUGGUAGUUAUUUUUUUUUAAUAGUUUCUGGGUUAGGCCUUGGGGAAAGAGAGGAAGGAGCCAAUUUCUACUCAAUGCUCAGUCUUACCUUAGGAAGGGCCUUGAGCCUGUUUCCUUCAAAGUUUCCUCUCCAGGGAAAACCAGGAACAGGCAAACCUUAGAGUUCAGCCAUGGCCUCUACACCAUUGCUUUCUGUUCUGAUUAAGUCUUCUACUCCUCCCAUCAACACUGAAGCAACGGCUUUCCAAAAAACAAGAAAAGGAAAACAUGAUCCACUACUAUCAAAAUCUUAUCCAUGCUCAGCACAAGAAAUAAUAUCAGGAAUGGAAAAAAUGAGGAUAGAGCAGUCCGCACACAUCGGUCUGUGUUGUGUGGAACAAAGGCUGCAGGCCUUGGGAAGUGGUGGGCAGAGUUUGCCCACCCAAAAACCCCUUGUCCCCAGUAUUCUAGCCACUAGGGUAACUGUAGCCUAAAUACCACUCACUGCCUAGGUCACCCUUGGUGCCCCAAGGAAGACAAGAAAUAGUCCUGAUAGGUUUUAAUAUGGAAAGGACAAUGGAAAAGUUUAGGUUCUCCAUUUAAACACACAGACACACAAACGCUUUGCAAAAUUGUUUUCUUGGGGAAAAUAUCCAAAUUUCUCGACACAUGUCAAGCUCUGUUGUGGGCAAUCCUUCUUGCUAUUGAGGCAGAGUCCUCGUUAUCUUGGGCGUUACCCAGCCCAGGGAGACCUGACCUCCAAUAAGAAACAAGGAGCCUGUGAAUCGGGCCAGCAGGCGCUGGGAUUCAUCUCUCCAUAAGACUAAUGGUGAGAAGGUUUCUGUCCUAUACUUCAUUUUAAAGUACUUUGCUCUCUAUUGGUAACAUCUGCAAUUUACUCACCACCGCCCUGGGAAAUAGAGAGGACAAUUCCCAGUGUGAGCAGGCUGAGGCUGAGGCUGCGCAGCCAUAGUCAGCUGUGGGCAUUCAGAGGUGGCAGGUUCUCCCAGUCCUUCUCACUGGCCAAGUGUUGUGAGCACCUUAGGUCAUCGAGAGUCAAAGGACUGGUAUCAUGGCCACAGAUCCCAGGGACAACUCACACUUGCUCUAUUUGUUGGUCUUUCUGCUGCUCUUACCCACCCAUGAGGUCAUUGAAGGCCUUUCCCAGGGACUCUUCUGUUUCUUGGUUCCAAAAUCACUCUCUGUCUCUUCUUUUUCCUAACAGUAAGGGGCACUAGUGCCCAGGUUGCCUAGGGCUGGUUGACUCCAAUGACUAGCAUGGCAGCCUCCAAUCAGAGAGAGACAGAGGAGAGGUCAGAGUGGGGAGAAUGGACAGAGCCCAACAGGAAAGGACAUCAGGAGCCCUUCUCGAUGCCCCCUCCCAUCCCUCCACUGUACAGCAUUGGACUUGACACUUCUAUUCUGUGUGAUCACUAUUGAGUGUGUCAGUCAGCACCCAAGGGGACAGUUUGAUUGAAAACAUAGUGAAAGGAGCUGAUCUACUGUAUUGUAACGUAAAACAGCUACAGCCAGUUAUUUUGUAAGAUUAUAAGACGUUCAUUAAAAAAUCAGCACACAAAAUGUAAA